AUGGUGCAGACAUCUCUCCGGGCCGCCGCGGCUCUCCUUCCAGUCCUUUUUACUAUUCUCCAAGCAAAUGCACUAAUCUUUGAACUCUCUCCUCACGCCAAUAAACGCCAGACGCAGCAUCACCGUAUUGCCCAAAAGGCCAAACGAGCAGCCCCCGUUCUUCCCGCGACUUGGGCUUAUCUCGGAUGCUACACCGACGGUGCAGCUCGUAGCUUGCCAGCCUUUGGUACAGUUUCUGCAACCAUGACCGUGGAUACUUGCGUUGCUCUCUGUGAUUCCCAAAACUAUCUUUACGCUGGUCUCGAAUAUUCCCAGGAAUGCUGCGGCUAUCGUCUUUCAGUCUACAAGUCUUCCAAAUCUCUUCCUGCCCCAUUACCAUCGUAUAAUACUUGGGGAUACCAAGGAUGCUACACGGAUAAUACCGCUGCACGCUCGCUCACGGUUCCCAUGGCCGUGACGGGAGGGAUGACCCCGCAGAAAUGUCUCGACGCUUGUCGCGGUGCGGGUUACACGUACGCCGGAAUGGAGUACUCUGUCGAAUGCUACUGCGGAAACGCCAUCACCAACGGUGGUGUCGCCGUAACGGAUGGGUGCACGAUGACAUGCGCAGGAAAUACUCAGUAUAUUUGCGGUGGAGGCAAUCGUCUCACCUUGUACAAAUACGGCGCUGCACCCGUCUCUUCAUCCACUACUACCACCACGACAUCUGCUUCGACGUCUACAUCCACUAGCACUCGUACGAGCACGAGCACAGUCUCGACUGUUUCCUCCUCGACUCCCAGCGCCACGCCGACUGGUCCUAUUACUGUCCCGUCAUACAACGGAUGGACAUCUCGUGGAUGCUAUGUCGACUCUGUUGCCAAUCGUGCGCUGCCUGUCGCCAUGGGCGUCACUGGCGGAGCUGCCGCAAUGACCGUCGAGAAAUGUCUAGAUGCCUGCAAAGCAGCUGGAUACACAUUUGCAGGCCUCGAAUACGCUCAGGAGUGCUUCUGUGGAUCCGCAAUGCCGACAACUGCGCAGGCGACGGACGGACGUUGCAGUAUGGUGUGCAAUGGUAACAAUCUCGAGUAUUGUGGUGGUGGCAACGGCUUGAACCUCUAUUCGUAUGGUGCCGUGACCUCGACUUCGACUUCGACUGCCCAAUCGACACAAACGACUACAACCACAAGUCGUAGUUCGACGUCGACGUCAACAACUCCGAGCGCCACACCGACCGGACCUUCUGUCCUCGCUACGUAUGGAAACUGGCAAAGCCAGGCUCGCUCUCUUCCUGUUGCUUUGGCUAUGAACGGUGCCGCGACUGUCCAAAAGUGCGCGGAUGCCUGCUACAAUGCGGGAUACAGCUAUGCUGGUCUCGAAUACGCUGCCGAAUGCUAUUGCGGCUCCGCAGUCCAGAACGGAGGAACCGUACAAGACAAUUCUGGAUGUAACAUGGUCUGCCAAGCAGAUAAUCUUCACUACUGUGGUGGUCCAAAUCGCCUCAACUUGUACAAAUACAACGGCGUCGUCCCUACGCCCACGAACCCGCCCCCUGGUGGCGGAGGAGGUGGAGGCGGAGGUGGAGUAACACCGCUUACGACUGGAUUGCCUGGAACAUGGACCUACAAUGCAUGCUGGGUCGACAACGCCUAUGGCCGUAUCUUCAGCCUCGCCCAGCCGGCCAGCCAGACCAAUUCCGCGCUGAGCUGCAUCUCUCAAUGCUCUGCAGCAGGCUAUAAAGUGGCUGGGCUUCAAUACGGAAACGAAUGUUGGUGUGGGAAUCACCUGCAGAACGCGGCUGUUAAGGCUAACUCGGAAGCUGAUUGUAACAUGGCAUGCCCUGGAGACACGACCCAUGCAUGCGGAGGCCCAAAUCGACUCAACGUGUAUGCGGCCACGGCGACUUUCCCAGUCUACCCCGUUCCAACGAUCAAAAAGGCCAAUCUCCCUGGAUCUUACCAAUACCUCGGUUGCUAUGCUGAAGCACCUAGUGGACUCCGUGUCUUCGACUACCUCAUCGAGAGCCAGACUGCCACCACCAUAGACGGCUGUCUCAAUCUCUGCAGUAGCUACGGCUACCCUGCAGCUUCGCUAGAAUUCGGAACUCAGUGCUUCUGCGGUGACCCGAGCCAAAUCACGACCGCACAGGCCCCCGACGGAGAUUGCAACAUCGCGUGCACGGGCUCGCCGACAGAUUAUUGCGGAGGAGUUGGAAAGCUGCUCAUAUACACUUGGAAUAUGGCCACUAAUCCGCUCUUUGUUUGGAACAAGCCCGCAAACACUGGCCGAUACGAGCUUUUGAUCGGCGGCAUUGUCAUCCCCCUCAUUGCGACGCUCGGUAUCAACAACAAGGUCAACUUUAUGGAAAAGUACGGCACGGGUGCACCAAAUUCGACAGGCGCAUACGAGCUCGACUAUUCGCUUGCCAAUGACUAUAAAAAGGCCUGGAGAGAGAUGCAUGUCUCCUCUGAUGUGUUCUGUGCUGCCAAUAUUGUCCUCCCGGAUCGUAAAGGGCGUAUUCUCUCUGUCGGUGGAUGGAGUCUCGACUCGACGCGCGGUGUUCGGUUCUAUACGCCGUCAGGAAGCCCCGGUGUCAAUGGUACGACGGAUUGGGAAGAGGUGUACGACAGCCUCCAUCUUCAGCAAGGACGAUGGUACCCCGGCGCAAUGGUCAUGGCCAAUGGCUCAGUUCUCGUCGUCGGUGGCGAAGAAGGUUCCAAUGGCAAGCCAGUUCCUACACUCGAAAUUCUCCCCAAGCCAGCUGGCGGACCGACCUAUUUGUACAUGGACUGGCUCUUCCGAACAGAUCCAAACAAUCUCUAUCCGUUCACCUAUACGAUGCCCGCCGGAGGAAUUCUCGUCAUUUACUACAACGAGGCUCGCAUUCUCGAUGAGACGACGUUUGCCACUAUUCGAACGCUCCCAACGAUUCCAGCUGCCGUCAACGCUGCCGGUGGCCGCACAUAUCCAAUGUCCGGUGUCUCGAUGAUCUUGCCACAAAAGGCGCCUUAUACAGCUCCGAUUGAGAUUAUCGUUUGUGGUGGUUCAUCCUUUGGUAUUGCGCUCGACAACUGCGCUAGCAUCCAGCCCGAAGUCGCCGGUGCCCAAUGGGUGUUGGAGAGGAUGCCCACGAAGCGUGUUAUGCCACUCAUGGUCGCUCUCCCUGAUGGAACGUACUGGAUUGGAGGAGGUGCGCAGCAAGGUGUUGCCGGUUUCGGUCUUGCGGUAAAGCCAAACUUGCAAGCUCAGAUCUAUGACCCAAGCCAACCACGCGGAAAACGUUUCUCUAUCCUGGGUUCGACUAGCGUUGCGCGCUUGUACCAUUCCGAGGCGAUCCUCUUGCACGACGGGCGAAUCCUCGUCACCGGAAGUGAUCCACAGGAUAACACAAACCCACAAGAAUAUCGCAUGGAAGUCUACGUCCCACCCUAUCUCUCGAGUGGACUCCCACAACCAUCUUUCACAAUCGCCACACGAGACUGGGUAUACGGUGGACAGUACCAGAUUACGGUCACCCUACGAACGGGAACUACCUCGACCAUGCGCGUGUCACUCAUUGGCGCCUCGUCGACGACGCACGGAGCCGUGUUUGGACAACGAACCUUCUUCCCGGCGUUUACGUGCGCGGGCAAUGUUUGUACCAUCACUGCACCGCCAAGUGUACGAAUCUGUCCGCUCGGAUGGUACCAACUGUUUGUACUCGAUGGUCCGACGCCCUCGUACAGCCAAUGGGUCCGUAUCGGAGGCGAUUUGGCCGGUCUCGGUAACUGGCCCAACGCAGCUGGAUUCACGCUUCCUGGUGUUGGUGCCAUUUAG